ACACGAAGCUUAUCAUGGCAACAUUCGUUGUCUUUUCAAGAAAGUGUCGUGCUGUCUGUAGUGCGUGUGUCGUUUGCAGAAUUUGUUCUACCUUGGAAUAAAAUAUUUUUAACUAUUUAUAAGUUACGUCGUGAUGUCAGAACAUGUUUUACCGGCUGAAGAGCCGAUACGGUUCAUAGCACCAGUAAUUCAAGAUAACCCUACAGGAUGGGGUCCCUGCGAAAUGCCGGAACAAUUCCGCGACAUGCCUUACCAGCCCUUUAGUAAAGGCGAUCGCUUGGGUAAAAUUAGUGACUGGACCGUAGUGCAAGACAAGAAAUAUCAAAAUAAGUAUGCUUCUCAAUUUGGCGCUGGCUCGUCGUACGCAUACUUCCACGAUGAGGACGAAAGCACUUUCCAUCUGGUGGACACGACGCGCGUCCAGAAGCCGCCUUACCAGCGAGGGCGCGCCCGCGGUCAGCGCGGACGGGGUGCUAGAGGAGCUCGCACUCCGGGUGGUAUGACUACUUUGAGUAAGCAACGUGACCGCAAAUUAGGCAAGAGAUGGGGUCAACGAGGUGCUCCUAUGAAGAUCCGGGAUGCUUCAGUAACUGUCAGACCCACUUGGGUUACUAUUGAAGACAUGGACUUCCCGCGCCUUGCUAAAUUGUCUUUACCUGGAAUCAAAGAAGGUGAAGACAUUGUUUGCUCUGGUACUUUAGAGUACUAUGACAAGGCAUACGAUCGCGUCAAUGUGAAGCAUGAGAAGCCGCUCCAGCGUAUCGACCGCAUUUUUCAUACGGUGACAACCACUGACGACCCUGUGAUCCGUCGGCUCAGUAAAACUACUGGGACAGUCUACGCUACAGACGCCAUCUUAGCUACUAUCAUGUGCUGCACUCGUUCCAACUAUUCCUGGGAUAUUGUUAUUGAGAAAAUUGGCGACAAGUUGUUCCUGGACAAGCGCGACAACACGGAAUUCGACCUGCUCACCGUGAACGAGACGUCGGUGGAGCCCCCCGCCGACGACGGCAACUCCAUCAACUCCCCACGGAAUCUGGCACUCGAAGCCACCUUCAUCAACCACAACUUCAGCCAACAGGUGCUCAAGUCAGGUACAACUGAACCCAAGUACAAGUUCCCUGAGUCGAACCCGUUUGUGUCUGAAGAGGAAGAGGGUGAAGUCGCCUCAGUGGGUUACCGCUACCGCAAGUGGAACCUUAACAAUGGUGUGGUGCUGGUGGCGCGCUGUGAGCACGACGCGGUGCUGCAGGGCCCGCAGAACGAGACGCAGUUCCUGACGAUCAAGGCGCUCAACGAGUGGGACUCCAAGCUGGCCAGCGGCGUGGAGUGGCGCCAGAAGCUGGACACGCAGCGCGGCGCCGUGCUCGCCAACGAGCUCCGCAACAACUCCUGCAAGCUCGCCAAGUGGACUGUGCAGGCGCUGCUGGCGGGCUCCGACCAGAUCAAGUUCGGGUACGUGUCCCGCACGCAGGUGCGCGACAACGCGCGGCACGUGAUCCUCGGCACGCAGCAGUUCAAGCCGCACGAGUUCGCGGCGCAGAUCAACUUGUCUAUGGACAACGCCUGGGGCAUCCUGCGCUGCAUCAUAGACAUCUGCAUGAAGCAGAAGGACGGUAAGUACCUGAUAAUGAAGGACCCCAACAAGCCCUUGAUCCGUCUUUACGACAUUCCGGACAACACGUUCGAGUCUGACGCUUCAGAAGAAAGCGGAGACGAGCCAGCUGACACGCCAUUCGCGCCUUUAUACUCUUACGGAAACGCCAAGAGAAUUUAACCCUUAUUUAUUUAACCACACGUAGCAAAUCAGCGUAUUGUUAUUUCAUUUAUUUCUCCUUUUAUUCUGUAAAGGUCAGGUCAUAUUUAUAAAGGCUCAACAGUGAAUGUAACACAUGUUAUAUAUAUUUUUAUUCAUCAGAAUACAAUUUUAUUGUCACA